AUAUUUUAUUAGGCUUAUAUAAGGUGCUUGAGACAAAUUAUAAAUAGAGAGUCACGGUCACAAGUCAGGUAACUUUCAAUCAUACUUCAUUCACAUUCAACUCAUAUUCUCAAAUACUCAAAUAGUGAAAACCCUUCACUAAAUAUUCAAUGGAAGAGUCGAGACUCUUCAAUACACGCCUGACUUGGGCGUCGGAGUACCUUUUGCAGGUACCUCCUCCUCUCCAUCGGGAAGUCGGACAAGCGGUCAAAGUUGAAGAUGCAAUUGAGAUGAUUGUGUCAUGGGAUGAAAUGAUGGAGAAGGGUUUGGGGAACUUUUCUAUGGAGAGGAGGAUGAUGAUGGAAAUUAAACAAGACAGAACGAUCAUGUUCUUUCUUUCGAGAGAUGUGUCGGACAUGGUGACAAGAAGAAAGGAACCGAGAAGGCAACCGAAAAAGAAGGAGGAAUGGGAUAAACCUGUGAUGAAGCUGCUGGCACACUCAAGGCCAACAUCUCAGUCACAAUGUUCUUCGAUUCACAACAUUUGUUCAUAGGAGUCUUCACUGACCAUUACCCAACAUGGCACUGCACUAACCACACGACAACAUGCACCUCAAAUUCCAACAUCUACAAGCUUCAACAAUCUUCAUGGGAAUGGGAUGGUCCCUCUUCCAAGACAAUCAUCUCACAGUUUGGCCUUGAGUGUGCCAGCAGCUUCAUCACAGGUUUACCCCAAUCCUCCUUCUUUUUCGGUUGCCUUCUCGGUUCCUUUCUUCUUGUCACCAUGGCCGACACAUCUCUCGGAAGAAAGAACAUGAUUGUUCUGUCUUGUUUAUCAAUGUCUGUAAUUUCCAUCAUCAUCAUCUACUCCACCAACGUUUGGAUAUACUCGGCGUUGAAAUUUCUGAUUGGGUUCUGUCAAUCGUCCAUCUCAACUUGUUGUUUGGUAUUACUGACAGAGAAAGUGAGCACCGAGUGGAGGUUCACGGUGGGAAUUAUAGAGUUUGUUUUCUUUGCAUCGGGUACAUGUUCUGUUGCUUAUGCCAAUGGAAAUUCUACAUGGAAAUAUUUUUACUUAUGGAUUUCUGUUCCUGCUAUCAUUUACUCUUUCAUUGCUUACUUUUUCAUCACCGAGUCUCCAAGAUGGCUUCUCAUGCAAGGCCGA